UUGAUUUUGCCCGUCAUCGCUGCCGUCACCGCCGCUGUUGUCGUCGAGCAGGCAAGACACUCAAAGCAACCUGGAUUAUGGCAGAAGAAGACUCAGAGUUGAUUCUGGAUCCUGCCGGAGAGCCAGAUCUGGCUCUGACUGGCGAGGAUCUUUCGCUUCCUUGGGAGGAUUUCGCACGCUCGGUGCUGCGACUGCGUCUCUUUGAAAGCAAGACCUCGAUCCGAAUCGGAGCCCUGCGGGGCUUCUGCUCCAAGCUCAGGACCGAAGAGCCACCCGAAGGCAUGAUUCCACCUCUGGUGGAUUUGCUUGUCAAGACUAUUCCAAAGUACCACGAUCCAGCGUCCAGACGAUACGCCCUUGAGGCUCUGAAGACCUUGUUUGGCGUCGCUGCCAAGUUGGCGCAGAACUCGCUCGACAACAUGUGCUGCAAAUCGGUUGUCAAGCUCCUUGAGAAGGAGUUGAAGGGCGUACUUGCUGCCAGACCUGCGUCGGUCUUGUUUGUCUAUGUCAAAUGGUGUGUCAGUGUCAUCCGGAUGGUUGUGGCGAGCGACACCAAGCUGCUGCCCGACCUCGGUGCCGUCGAAAAGUCGCCCUCCUGGAUUGGACUGUUCUCGGUGCUCUCCAACGUUGCAGAUGCCAUUGGAUCCAGCGGCUCUCCGCGUGCUUCCUCAUUCCUGAGACGUGCUGUGCAGCAAAUCUCGUCCCUGACCGUGGGCGUCAAGGACGAGAUCGUCGAUCUCUACUUGCGCACACUCCUCACUCCCGCCGCCGUCGAUGGAAAGGAGGGUCCACAGCGCAUCAUCGUCAUCGGUGCUAUCACUCAAACCAAAUCCGAGACAGUCGCUCAGCAUACGCCCAACAUCCUCAAGUUCUUUGUCAAGGCUGUUCUGUCGUCGCGAAGUGCCGUGCUUCAGGAGACUGUGAAACCGCUGGCCACAUUUGUUGGUGCUCAUGUCACUGCCGAGCACUUCCAAGCCGAGGUUAUGGGCAGCGCCGAGAGACUGCUGCUUCGCUCUCCCGAAAUCGUGAUCGCAGCGCUCAACCCGUUCAUGGCCGCUAUCUCGUUCGAUCCCUCUGCCUUCCUCGCGGACAAGUUUGCUGACAGCAUGUUGAAUCAUAUGAAGUCAACCAAUGACGUUGUCAAGACUGAGGCUCAGACUCUGUUCCAAACCCUGGCCUCCAAAUCAAGGGACGAGGGCAAGAUGAUCCACGUUCUGGAUAUCGUCGUCAAGGCAUUCUCUGCGAAAUCGCCAACUGUGGAUCAGCGCCAAUACUACUACAACGCUAUUCGAGAUCUCCCCGCUCUCUCGUCCCUCUCCAAGAAGGUUAUUGAGAUCCUGCCGGCCAUGGCUGCCAAGGAAAGCAGCGCCCCGGUCGUGACGGCUGCUCUGUUGGCCCUAGUCCCGCAUAUCUCAGGCUACCUCACUUUGGAUAUCCGCGAGAAGUCUGUCGUCUCCAGCAUUGCCAAGCUGCUCUCAGCGGGUAUCAAGGACGCCAAGGCGCCCAAUCGCCUUGGAUACUCGCACAUUCUACAGGCCGCAAUCACUCGCGAUGGUUUUGGCAGCCUUUCCAAGGACGACUUUGUUCUGCUUCUUGACUCGGCUGUCUCCGUCCUGGACAAGUUUCAUGCUGCAGGCCCGAUCGCUCUACUUGACCCCAAAAAAGACACCCCCGCUGUUUCCGAAGGAUACUUUGCUGCCAAGAUUGUGCUUGAGGCCGCUACCUGGGAGCGAGCCAGCGGAGGCAGUACCAUUGCGUCGUAUCUCGAACAAAAAUCUGUCUUUGCAAAGCUGUUUGACUCAAAGUCUUUCUUGUUGAACGAGCGACUGUAUUCCAAGCUCGUUUCUUACGACGAACAGCUUGCCUUGCUCAAGAUUGCUUUGCUUCUGCUGCAGAACGAGAGCUGGUUCACGGCCGUCAGCUCAACCCAGCUGGCUAGCGCGGCGCUCUAUCCGCUUAUUCAAAGCAAUCUUCCUGCGGUGCAGCAAGCGUCAUUCCGGCUCCUCUCUGAGCUGGCGAAAUCGUCCGCCGACGACGUUCUCUAUCGCAUCUUCCGUGUGGUGCGCAUUGGACUCGGUGCCUUCCUGCUCCAUCUCGAGCAGCAAGAUGCCAGUCUCAAGUCCGAAAUCUGCGCCUGGGGCGACCGGCCGCCCAAGAGCUCCAAGGAGUUUGGCCACUGGGCUUUUGCGGCUCUCUGCGCCAUCGUUCCCAAGUGUGACCUCGAGUGCAGCUCACCCAAAACCCGCCCAGUCGUCGAAAAGGAGCUUGUCGAACUUGCAGUGCUGGCAAACCAUCCCGUGAUUGCCAACAUCAUGGGCUCGGAUGUGUGGAUCCGUCUGUGCUUCCGAGGUGGCUUUAUUCACCCGAGGCAGCUCGUCGAAGCCCACGCACUGGAGUGCAUCAACAAGUGGAUCAAGGGUGGUCUCGCUAGCACCGAUCUCACCGAAGGAGGGCUUGGUACGGAUGUCUCUGUUCAGUUCCGAAAGGCCACACUCUCUGCAAUCUCUCUCUUCACUGCAGCAGCCCCGGCGGCGGUGCUUCCGGCCCUGCUUCCCCAUACUCUGGGGCUUUUGGACAACGAAACUAUCCGCAAGUUUAGUGCCGUCGAUGUUGAAAUCUGGAAGACACCCGAGGGGCAACUCUACGUCGAUCCGCUCAAGCGCAGCGGAUCAGGAGUGGUUGAUGAUCGACCCCGCAACGCCGAUGAAAAAUGGGAGCGCGAGCUACGCAAAGAGUUGGACGCCAAGAAGAAGGCCUCAACCACCAAACCCGCGCAGGUUGGCGCAAAGGGCAAAGCCUCGGACCCAAAGCAGGCCAAGCUCGAGCGAGAGAUUCAACAGGCCCAGCUUGAAAAAGAAGCAGCUAUACGGGCCGAAGUCGGCGCAGCCUCAUGGAAAAUCAACCGUGCCAUCGACGUCCUCGAGAGCAUCCUGUGCGGAGUCGUCGAAAGUGUCGGCGAAGAAGCGCGAGAGGUCUUUGAAAACUGGCUGCCAUCGGUGCUUUCUGCACUGCUCAAUGGCGUGAUUGUUCGCGAGCAAGUGUACGCUGACGAACGAUCUCGUCGCGCCAUGUUCGUUGGUGCGCGAGCAUUUACCCUCCUGGCCCUUGCUGGCCGUGCCACGGGCAGCAAGCUCGAAGAAUUCGUCGACCCCCCCGUCUUGGCGAUGACCAUCUGCCGAGCCAUAGGCGUGCACGAAGGCGAGCACAGCUUGGACCAUCGCUGGUGCGUCGGCGAUCUGGCCCAAGGGAUCUCGGAUGUUUUCAAGCGGCUCCGCAGCACCAUCGAGCUCUCCGGUCGGUUGGAUCCGGCCUCAUUUACUUUUGUCUUCCCCUUGAUACGCACCGUUGCGCUCCGGGAAGGAAAGAUCCAAUCGCUCAAAGAGCGGGCGAUCACCGAUUUGUCAAUGUCUGUUGCCGACUUGCUGUUCGCGCACGCUGCCCUUGGGUCGUCAGUGGCAAUCCCAAGACAGUUCUUUGCCAAGUCGACCAUCAGCCUCAUGGCCAAUUAUCCCAAGCUACACAAAGCAUCUCGCGAGGCUCUCUUGGCUUUCUGCACUUCUAUCGAAGCCUCGGGCGACGAUAUCGACGAGGCCGACGAUGAAGACGGCUCUUUGGCCGAAAUCGAUCGCACCGUCGAGGGCAAGGAUGCACUGUUCAGGGCUGAUCUGGAAGGCGUCACCCGCGAGCUCCUCGAUGGCCUGUUGAGUCCCGAGCCGGUGGUGAGGGAAGCCUGCCUGCUCGCGCUCGCUCAUCUGCAAGUUCCUGAAUCUAGCGAAGAUAUCUUUGAUGCACGUGUAUGGAUCACUCGAUUCGAUAGUCGCGAGGUCAUUGCCAAGGAGGCCAACAGUCUCUGGGAGCAAUGGAAUGGUGACUUGGAUUGCGGCGAAGAAAGUAUCCCACUCAUUGUCGAGAUGAUCACCCACAAAGUGAAAGAUAUCCGCGAGAGCUCUGGACGCUCGCUUUGCGCCGUCUUGCGCGAGUAUCCCGAAGCCGUUGGCCUGACCCUCAACCAGCUCUAUGAUAUCUAUCAGCUGAAGGCGGUGCUCCCUGCGCCAGAGUACGACGAGUACGGCAUGAUCAUCCCCGAGUCCUUGAACAAAGAAGACGAAUGGGGUGCUCGCGCAGGCAUCGCAAGCGCACUGAAGGCAUGUGCACCCGUUCUGGUGGAGCUGGAUGUUUUGAAGGCCAUGCUCCGCUUCUUGAUCGAGGGCGAAGCCCUUGGCGACCGACACGAGGACGUUCGCCAAGCGAUGCUCGAUGCAGGCUUGACUGCCGUCAACACCACCGGCAAAGAUCACGUCCGCGACCUACUUGAGGUCUUUGAAUCGUAUCUGGACAAGCCCGCUGUUCCAAACGAGGUGCACGACCGUAUUCGCGAGUCCGUUGUUAUUCUUCUGGGCACGCUCGCCCAACAUCUCGACGCAUCCGAUCCCAUCAUCCCCGUGGUUGUUGACAAGCUCAUCGAGACGCUUCGCACGCCGUCCGAGAUGGUCCAGAUUGCUGUCUCUGAGUGCUUGCCCGCGUUGAUCAAGUUGAUCAAGGACGAGGUGCCACGUCUGCUGGACUCGCUGUUGGAUGAGCUCUUCAACUCGCCAAAGUACGCUGCUCGCCGCGGUGCUGCCUACGGACUGGCGGGUGUCGUCAAAGGAAGAGGCAUCUCGGCCCUCAAGGACUAUGAUAUCAUGGGUCAGCUGCGAGACGCUGUCGAGGACAAAAAGAACCCGCAACGCCGCGAGGGUGCUUGCUUUGGAUAUGAAGCACUGUCGCAGGCCCUCGGUCGCCUGUUUGAACCCUAUGUCAUCCAGAUUCUGCCGCUACUUCUCGUCUGCUAUGGCGAUAACUCGCGCGAGGUCCGUGAGGCCACGCAUGAUGCCUGCAAGGUCAUCAUGUCCAAGCUCUCUGCCCACUGUGUCAAGCUGGUGUUGCCCUCCCUCCUGGACGGACUGGACGAUCGCGCUUGGCGAACCAAGCACGGAUCGAUCGAGGUUCUGGGCUCGAUGGCCUUCUUGGCACCCAAGCAGCUUGCGCUGUCGCUGCCGACGAUUGUGCCGCGACUUUGCGAUGUCCUCGCUGAUUCGCACGCUAAAGUUCAGGAGGCCGCCAAGCUCGCGCUGACCCGGUUCGGCGGUGUCAUCAAGAAUCCCGAGAUCCAAACCCUUGUGCCCGACCUCCUUGCGGCCUUGGUCGACCCCAACAGCAAAACCCAAAAAGCCCUCGUUGCUCUCCUUGACACAGCGUUUGUCCACUAUAUCGACGCCCCGUCUCUUGCUCUCGUCGUGCCAAUCUUGAACCGUGGCCUGAAGGAGCGUUCGACAGAGACCAAGAAGAAGGCUGCCCAAAUCAUGGGCAGCAUGGCUUCGCUGACCGAACAGAAGGACCUUGUGCCGUAUCUGCCGCUGCUGAUGCCGGGGCUCAAAGAAGUCCUGAUCGAUCCUGUGCCCGAGGCCCGCGCGAUCGCCGCCAAGGCUCUGGGCUCCAUGGUCGAGAAGCUUGGAGAAGAGAACUUCCCGGGCCUGGUCUCCGAGCUCAUCCAGACGCUCAAGACCGAGACCUCCUCUGUCGACCGCUCAGGCGCCUCCCAGGGACUCAGUGAGGUUCUGGCGGGCCUGGGCCUCGAACGCCUCGAAGGCAUGCUCCCCGAAAUCCUGGCCCACACCAACUCUGCCCGCGCCCACAUUCGCGAGGGCUUCAUGACACUUCUGAUUUACCUUCCUGCCACCUAUGGUGACCGCUUCCAACCCUACCUCGAUAGAAUCGUCCCUCCGAUUCUCCGCGGUCUGGCCGACGACUCCGAGACGAUCCGCGAGGCUGCGCUGAAGGCCGGCCGAAUGAUCAUUCGAAACUACGCUACCAACGCCAUCGAUUUGCUGCUUCCUCAGCUCGAAAAGGGUCUGUUUGACGACAACUGGAGAAUCCGGCUCAGCUCUGUGUCGCUCAUGGGUGACCUGCUGUACCGCCUUACGGGCAUCAAUGCCAACUCGGUCAUCGAGGGCGACGACGAGACCUACGGCACCGAGAACAGCCGCCGCAUCCUGGUGGAUUCUCUCGGCAAGACCCGAUACGAGGGCGUUCUGGCAAGCAUCUACAUUGUCAUCAGCGAUGUCCACGGCCUGGUGCGCCAGUCCUCGCUGCAUGUCUGGAAGGCAAUCGUCACCAAUACGCCCCGGACCCUCAAGGACAUUCUCCCUGUCUUGAUGAGCCUGGUGAUUUCUUUGCUGGGCUCCGACAGCUUUGAGAAGCGGUCCGUUGCGGCGCGAACGCUUGGCGAGCUCGUUCGCAAGCUUGGCGAGAACAUCCUGGCCGAGAUCAUUCCCAUUCUGGAGCACGGCCUCGAGAGCGAUGAUGCAAACACCCGACAGGGCGUCUGUAUCGGCAUGAGCGAAAUCAUGGGAAGUGCCGGCAAGAUGCAGGUCGCCGACUUUGGCCUCCAGAUUGUGCCGGCGAUUCGCCGAGCCCUCGUCGACCCCGAGCCCGACGUCCGCGAGGCUGCCGCCCAGGCCUUUGAUGUCUUGCACCAGCACUUGGGUUCCAAGGCGAUCGACGACGUGCUGCCCUACCUGCUGAACGAAAUGACGACCUCGACGGCCUCGUCCGAGAACUAUGCUCUUGGCGCGCUCAAGGAGAUCAUGGCUGUCCGCUCGAACGUUGUUUUCCCCGUCUUGAUCCCGGCCUUGAUCACCGAGCCCAUCACUGCUUUCAAUGCCCGGGCUCUUGGCUCGCUCAUUUCUGUCGCUGGCUCUGCCCUCACUCGUCGGCUGAACGUCAUUCUGCCGGCGCUGAUGUCCGGACUCGAGCAGAAGGACGACGCCGUUCCCGACAUCAAGGAGGCGCUCAAGGUGCUCAUGCUUUCGGUCGAGGAAGACGGCCUGCAUACUCUGAUGGUCCUUCUGCAGGAUACUAUGGCCGACGGCUCGCUGGAACGAAAGCGCACAGUCUGUGAGGCCCUCGCCAUCUUCUGCGCCGGCAGCUCGGUGGACAUCAGCGACUAUGUUUCCGACUGGGUCCGCCGCCUGCUCGAACUGCUUACCAGCAAAGACGCCGCCACCGUCAAGACGGCCUGGGCGGCGCUAGAUGCUCUGAUCAAGACCAUCAAGAAGGACGAAAUGGAGCGCCACGUCGCUAACACCCGGCGGGCCAUUGCGUUCAUCUCUGAGCGGCUCAAGCCCGAUGAAACAAUUGCCGGUUUCUCGCUCCCCAAGGGUAUCUCGCCCCUCCUUCCGAUCUUCUCGCAGGGACUCAUCGCUGGCAGCAACUCGGACGUCCGUGAGCAAGCUGCCCUCGGCCUCGGAGACUUGGUUCGCCGAACCAGCGUGCCAGCACUUGGCCCCUUUGUCACCCAGAUUACUGGACCUCUUAUCCGUGUCAUUGGCGAUCGGUUCCCCUGGCAAGUCAAGGCAGCCAUUCUGCAAACUCUCAGCUUGCUCCUUGUCAAGGUCCCUGCACUUCUCAAGCCCUUCCUGCCUCAGCUGCAGCGCACGUUCGUCAAGUCCCUCUCUGAGCCGUCGUCCUCUACGGUCCGCGAGCGUGCGGCCUCGUGUCUGUCGACCCUGAUCGGACUGCAGACUCGACUGGAUCCCCUGGUUGUCGAACUCACCCAGGGCGUCAAGACUGCCGAAGACCGGGGUGUCCGCGAUGCCAUGUGGCAGGCAAUCCUCGGUCUGCUCAAGGGCGUUGGCCCUGGAAGAGAAAUCAGCGCUGCCAGCCAGAAGACCGUUGCCGAUCUUGUGCUUGAUGCGCUGCUCAGCAGCAACGAAAACGAAGAGUCUCUGCGGACUCGCGCUGCGAGAUGCUUUGGAGUGCUGCUUGGAAUCUUCUCUGACGAUGACGCCCGGGAUACACUUGAGGGUCGCAUCCUCUCGGUGUCUGCAAGCGAGCCUUGGCACAAGAUCCAUGGCGCUGCCGUGGGCCUUGAGGCUGUGUUUGUCGAGAAUCCCAGCAAGAUUGCCGACCUGAACCUGGUCUCUGAGACCGUGGAUGCGGUGGCGAAAUGGGUCACCCACGAAAAGUCGCCCGUUGCAGAGGCCGCCGUCCAUAGCAUCGGCAGCUUGCUGACACACGAAGGCUACGCCGAUGCCGAGAUUGCCGGCACGCUGGUGCCUCUGCUGGUGGAGAACGUUGCGGCCACACGGCCCUCGGAUGUCCGCCGCGAGACCUUGGUUGUUCUGAAGAAUGUUGCCAAGCUUCAGCACGGUGCCGUUGCGCCCUUCCUCGGCACCAUGGUACCGGCGCUGAUGACAACCGUGCGCGACCGAACCAUCCCUGUCAAGCUAGCCGGCGAACGGGCACUGGUCUACCUGCUCCAGAUCAAGACCGGAACAGAUGUUCUGCAAAAGUACCUCGGCACCCUCGAUGGCCCCACCGCUCGCUCGAUUGGCGACUACGCACGCAGAGUCCUCGUCAAGAUUGGCGAGAAGGACAGUGACGACGAAGCCGACGACAGCUAGAGGACUGCCCGAGGUGUCCCAGGGGCAGCGACCACAAGGGUACAAGAGUCGCCCCGCUUGGGGUGGUUCUGGAUCAGACGCUUUUUCCUCGCUUCAUUUGCCCCCAGUGCCUCUUGUUUCACCCCUCUCCACAGCUGCGCUGGAAUACAUGAUCCCCCAAUGUUGUAUGUGAUGUGAGCAGUUCUGGUCCGCUCUCUAAUCUGCGGCACUGCAGCCCGUUUGGGCAAGUCGCCAUCGAAACAACGCAACGCACUAUCGGGGCCAAGUUGGGUCAGAUACAAUACCAAAAUAUCUAGAU